CAGUGCUACCAUUUAAAUUGACACCUACUUAGAACAACACACGUAGAAAAGUUCGCUAUAAAAAAUAUAAUAAAUCAGUAAUAAAUCCAAAUAAAUGCUUUAAGAAAAAAGCAGUGAAAAGCAUUGAGUAUCUUAUCGCUUGAUUUCUCGAAAGCCCAAAACAAGUACAUUCAAAUCGGUGGCUCGGAGGCUAGUAGCGGGAAUAGGACGAUAACCGAAAGAACGAACUCUCUAUAUAUGUACAUUCGUUGGUGUUUUUCGAUAAAAUUCUCUCUAUUUGAAAGCUACUGAGCUGGAACGUUUAGAUAGAUAGAUACACACACCUAUAAGUAAUACGUACGUGAAGCAAUCAGAAUUUUAUUUGGUAAAACACAUCAAAAUGUUUGCUGUUAUGAGAAUCGACAACGACGACUGCCGGUCGGACUUCCGCCGCAAAAUGCGUCCGAAGUGUGAGUUCAUAUGUAAAUUCUGUCAAAGACGCUUUACGAAACCAUAUAACUUGAUGAUACAUGAGCGUACACAUAAAUCACCAGAAAUAACGUAUGCUUGCGAGGUCUGCGGUAAAUACUUUAAACAACGCGACAAUUUACGCCAACAUAGGUGUAGUCAGUGUGUUUGGCGAUAAGCAUCUGUUAUAUAUAAUUAACGAAAUUAAAUCUUUACUAUACUAUUUACUAGUUUGUACAUUUUCCUAUUCACUGAAGUGGCACAAAACGACAGCAUAUAUACAUAUUUAUCCGGUUUCGCUGUGAUUGAGAAAAGAAAGCGGUAAAAAAUUAAAACAAAAAAACAAAAACAAAAACAAAAAAAUUAAAAUUAAAAUAAAAAAAAACAACAACAAAAAUGUACCAGUACC